CUCUGGAGUAAUUAUCUUGACACAAAUAUACUGGUAACUUAAUAGUUUCUGUCAGUUGUUGUUAUUGUCUAUUGACUCUCUUUUUCUUCCGGUUGUCAAUAUGGGUGUCGACAUCAACCAUAAACACGACAGGAAAGUUAGGCGUACUGAAGUGAAAUCUAAGGAUGUGUACCUGAGAUUGUUGGUCAAAUUAUACAGGUACUUGGCAAGACGUACAAAUGCCAAGUUCAACACGAUUAUCCUGCGCCGUCUCUUCAUGAGCCGCAUCAACAGAGCACCAAUUUCUCUGUCUCGUCUGGCUCGUCACAUGAAGAAGCCAACUCGUGAGGGUCUAAUCGCUGUCGUAGUUGGUACCAUCACCAACGACGUGAGGUUAUACAAGGUCCCUAAAAUGACGGUCGCAGCACUUCAUGUUACUGAAAAGGCACGCGCCCGUAUCUUGGCUGCCGGAGGUGAAAUCCUAACCUUCGACCAGCUAGCUCUCCGAGCCCCUACCGGCCGCAAGACAGUUUUGGUUCAGGGACGCAGGAACGCCCGUGAAGCGGUACGUCACUUUGGCCCCGCUCCGGGAGCCCCGCGCUCACACACCAAGCCUUAUGUCCGUUCAAAGGGUCAUGAGCGCUCUAGACCGAGCCGUCGCUCAAAUGUGUAAUCUUUUAAAUAUAAGGAGUACUGUCUA